AUGGCGGUUUCGUCCCCCAUGAAGAAGCAGCAGUCAACUCUGUUACCCAUGAGGGAUUGGGAAGAGCAGCGGCAAGAAAACAUGCAUCAACAAAUGCUGAUGAAGGCCAAAGCUGCGGUGGACACCAAGGGCCCCAAAACAUUCCCACAUAUCACAGGCAAUCGGAAGAAAGUCCAGUUGCAGAAAGAAAGCAAGAUAGCGGAGGAAAACCAGCAGAACCGCCAGCGAAUCCUGAUGCUGGAAUCGGAUUUCAGGAGGGAACGCUGGGAGGCAGAAUGGGGAAAGGUGCAGCAAUGGAGAGACCACUGCAGACGGUUUCCCAGAGGAGAGACCAACAAACAGCAGGAUUUGUCCUCCAUGAAGCCGUCAACUCUGUUACCCAUGAGGGAUUGGGAAGAGCAGCGGCAAGAAAACAUGCAUCAACAAAAGCUGAUGAAGGCCAAAGCUGCGGUGGACACCAAGGGCCCCAAAACAUUCCCACAUAUCACGGGCAAUCGGAAGAAAGUCCAGUUGCAGAAAGAAAAAAAGAUUGCUGAAGAAAACCAGCAGAACCGCCAGCGAAUCCUGAUGCUGGAAUCGGAUUUCAGGAGGGAACGCUGGGAGGCAGAAUGGGGAAAGGUGCAGCAAUGGAGAGACCACUGCAGACGGUUUCCCAGAGGAGAGACCAACAAACAGGAUUUGUCCCCCACGAAGCCGUCAACUCUGUUACCCAUGAGGGAUUGGGAAGAGCAGCGGCAAGAAAACAUGCAUCAACAAAAGCUGAUGAAGGCCAAAGCUGCGGUGGACACCAAGGGCCCCAAAACACUGCCGCUUAUCAGAGGCAUUCGGACGAAAGUCCAGAAACUGCUCUUUGUAAAUAAUUGGCAUCUGUUUUGGGAGAGACCCAGGCCGUACCGCGCAGAUGGACUCCACCCCAGCAGAAUCGGAGCGGCUGUGCUGUCGGACAACAUCUUUCCAACAUCUGUAUUGUGAAAAGCG